CGUUUUAGCUGUUAAGUUAAACAUGGCGAUCGUGACACUUGGCUCCUAAACGUUGUUACCGCGGCUCGGCUCCGCGCCGCUCUGCGCUGUGUGUUUUCUCUCGGCCGCCCGUUAGGGGGGUAACUCAGUCCUCAGGCUUCAGCAAACUGCCGUUUUUAAGUCCCUUCAGCCCGAGUCAUGUGAUUUGUAACGUAACCCGACCGGAAAACACCGACAACCACCGCCGCCAAUGCUGCGCUCUAGAGGAGCAGAGCAGCUGCGAGGCCAACGGACACGGAUCCCGGUAACAACAACAACAAACACGGCCGAGUCCGCGGACUAACCCGGCGGAAAGGUGGAAGUAUGGAGCUGGCCAACCAUGGUCUUAUCCUCCUGCAGCAGCUCAACGCACAGAGGGAGUUCGGCUUCCUGUGUGACUGCACAGUUGCCAUUGGUGACGUCUUUUUUAAAGCACACAAAGCUGUGCUGGCCGCCUUCUCCAACUACUUCAGAAUGUUGUUCAUUCACCAGGACAGCGACUGUGUUCGCCUGAAGCCUGCAGACAUCCAGCCUGAUAUCUUCAGCUACCUCCUCAACCUGAUGUACACUGGCAAACUGGCACCGCAGCUAAUAGACCCGGCCCGACUAGAGCAGGGCGUGAAGUUCCUGCAUGCCUACCCUCUUAUCCAGGAGGCUAGUCUGGCUAGCCAGGUAGCUUUCUCUCAUCCCGAACCCAACAUUCGCCUUUCCACUUCUCUCUACGGCAUUCAGAUAUCAGACCAACAAGGAACGUCGUCUAGCAGGCUAUCAGCCAGGAGGCAGUCUUCACCUAUUGACUCGGAUAGCACAGGUGCACUUGAUACAAAGUGCUCCACCGCGAGUGUGUCUUUCCUGCAGGCUGGGACUGGAUCCAGACUUCAGUCAGACAUGGAAGUAGAGGCAUCCUCAAGCCAUGUGCUGUUUGGUAGAGAGGGGUGUGAGGUGGAUACCCCAGCCAGCGAGGCUCUUUCUGCGUCAGUCAGCGCCAACAGCAACACCAUUCUUCAUGUGAAGCCCAGCAUCAUGCGUAGAAGCUCUUCGUUCAGAAAGCACUACACCUGCCAUCUCUGUGGGAGUCGCUUCAACCAGCGGGCAGCUCUGAGGGAGCAUCUCCUCUGGCACGCACAGGCUGUGCCUCCUCUUGUGGUGGAAGCAGAUUCCCCGAUAAUGCCUGGAGGAGCUGCCACGCCUGAGGUUGAGGAAGUUCUUACAGGCGUUGGGGCUGCUGCAGCCACCCCUAUCAUGGUGGAUAUGGCCAGCGAUGGUGAACAACCUCUUACUGGCGCUAAAGUCUCCCCGCAUGCCGACACGGCCGUUGCAGUCCCUUCGACUGCGGCGGCGAGUUUAUGUGCAGCCCAGCCCCAGGCAGACACGCCACCUCCAUCUGAUAUAGCCGACAUCGACAACCUGGAGGGUGCAGCAGAUGUGGAGCGGGAGGUCAAGAGGAGAAAGUACGAGUGCUCCACCUGCGGACGCAAGUUCAUCCAGAAGAGCCAUUGGCGAGAGCACAUGUACAUCCACACGGGAAAGCCGUACCGUUGCAGCGCCUGCGGAAAGAGCUUCUGCCGGGCCAACCAGGCCGCGCGCCAUGUCUGCUUAAGCCAGGGGGCCGAGUCGGCGUACACCAUGGUGGACCGACAGAGCAUGGAGCUGUGUGCGGCCGAUGACUCCAGCCAGAUGGAGGCGCUGUUUCUUGGCUCUUCGGGAAGACCCUACAAGUGUAACGUGUGUGAAAUGACCUUCUCCAACCCCAACGAAGUCAUUAAGCAUCAGUGCUUCAACCAAGGCUCCCUCUCUGACGGGAGUGUUUUGGGAAUGGGGGUCAGCGAAUUAAAUAUUGACAAAGUGGCCAAAGAUGAGGGAUCAGAUUCAUCGAGUGGUGGACCGUUGGUAACGGCCAUCAAAACGGAAGAGGUUUUAGUGGAAUAGUACCACAUUGUCUUGUAAUUGUUUUCUUAGAUUUUUUUCCCCAAAUGUGUCACUUAUUUGGGUUAUUCUGCUAGAUUAAGCUAAUGGCGUAGAUGGGAAAACGAGUUACAUGCAUGUUGUAGGAGAAUUAUUCUACUGAACCAAUGGCCUUUCCGGCAUUGUGUGCUCUUGAAAAGCAAAAGCAGGGAAUUUAAAUGUUUGCUACAUUACAAAGCUCAAACAUACAACAACAUGCUUUACUUUUUAUGCCUAUUUUUUUUCUCUUUUCUGAAUUAGUAUGGCCAAUUCAGUUGUUCACAUGUUGAAAGCUGUGGUUUAAGCUUUUCCUCUUUACAACUGCCAACAGGAAGGGGAAGUAGUAAAUAGUAGUGAUCACACUUCUACUAAGAAUGUUGCUCUCUUUCUCUCACAUUUCCAUCGCCGGGUAGGUAGAUGUGAUCAGAUUUAGGCCAAGCUGGUGCUCCUAACCCUGUGUGAUUCAUGAGUUUUAAAGCAAUAGGCUAAAUGGGAUAGCUGUCAGUGUAUUUUUAGCAUUUCUGCAGGCCAAAUAUCUUGUCUUCUGAUAAAUUCAGUCUCUCUUAGUAAACCCUCCUCACUGUCUCCUGUCUUGGGCAGCUAAGUGUGGUGCUUGUUUGAAGUGUUCUGAGGCAAAAGCAUUCUACCAGCACCUUAAUAUGGGUGAACUGAUAUAAAAUAAUUUAAUUUUAGGCUUUCCUCUAUUACUUUUUAAAAAAACAUACACAACACAAAUCACACAGCUCCUAUCAGCACAAGUUAUAGUCACUGAUUCUAGCUCAGUUCCUCUGGUCUUCAGGUUAUUCUUAAAAUGAAAAGCACAGAGCAUAUUGUUUAGCAAACACAACGUUGUCAAUAUCAAGAACCCCACAUUAAAAAGACAUUUUAAAUCAUAUUUUUAAGAAGUGAAGCUAGUUUAAUCAGUCAAUUACUUGAACACCAAUCUGUUACCUGAAUGCCAGUUUAUCACGCAUCAUCAUGAUCUUUUUUUGUGCCAACUCAGUGUGGAUGUCUUUUAACUUGUGUUGGCACCUUAGCCAGACAUAAUUAGCAGGAUGUGUUAAUUAUCAAUAGAUAUGUCUCUCGAUGAAACUGGUGUCUGAAAAUGUUUACAGAUGUGCCAUCUUUUUUUUUUUCUUCUUCCUCAUUAAACGUCAUUCUCUUUUUGAGCCUGUUACUAAAUAUAAAUGCGUGUUUAAGACAUUACGAGAGAUCCUACACAAGCAGAAAUAGCUCUGCUUGAAGGGAGAAUUUAUUCUCCUCGUCACGCAGUGUCAUUCUUGUUUUGCCAAUCCAAUUUUUUGCUUGAAAAAUGUUUUUAAAGCCCUUAUUUUAUGAGUUUGGUAUAACUUUUCUAAUUUUAUACACAGUACUAUAUUUACAAAGAAUAUUUUAUAUUGCAAAUGUUGUAUAUUGCAAAAUGCAUUCAAGCGUAGAAUAUAAUCAAUUUUAGCAUAGCACAAGUGUAUGUACAUUUGUUGUCUCUGCGUGAAGACAGUCUUUAUAUUCAUUGUAUUUUCUUCUGGUUUUAAUUUUGUAGUCUGCUGUCGAUUAUCGUUUGUUCAUUGUUCAGCUAGAGUGCCACUGCUGUUUAAGCACUGAAUUCUUUUAGGAACCUGACUACUCUUGACGAAAUCCUGACCUUAAAGAAACAAACCAAGAACCAACAUGUCAACAAUUGUCUGGUUGUAAACAGGCAGUGGACAUGCCGGGCAAAAGAUUAAUCUCCUUUAAAUGCCAACAGAACCCAAAAAUGAGCAGCUCUUUACAUAAGUUAUUUACUAUAAGUGGCGUUUUUGUUCAAAAGUAAGGGGUUCAUAGUAUUGAACUUCUGGUUCAGUAUCGUUUUAUUAUUAAAGUAUUAUUUCUGCAGCAUGUUUUCCAUGUCCAGUCAGGGGUGCUCUUUUGACUCUAUCAAUAGGGCUGUAUGUGAAUUUGAAUUACUACUGAAUGAUUGGUCAGAGACUGGGAUUUGAUGCCAUGCUUUUCUUUGUUCUCAUUUUUCUUUGUAUUUGAGAUCCUUGGUGUCUUUUAUUGAGUCCUGUUUGUCCCGCAUGUGUAAAAUACCAUGUCUUGCUUUUCAUUGUUACUGUUAAGUAUAUGUACAUAUGCAAAUUGUUAAUCUAUUCUGUUCUGAAAUGAUGUUUUUUGAGGCAGUUCUAGGGGAGGGGGUGAAGAAGAACCUCCCCUCCUCAAACGCACAAACCCCAAAGCGAAGGCAAACAGACAGUAUACUGUGAUCUCCAGGUCCUCAGGAACGUGAACAAUUGCUGAAAAAAAGACUUUCAUUGCAUUUUGAUUGUGAAUAAUGAACAAUAAAAAUUUUUUUUCAACAAAUCUA